AUGCCUCGCCAGUCCCGUGGUUCUGCUCCUGCCCGUCGCUCUGCGCCCGCUCCGGCGCCCGCCAGGCCCGCCGUUGCGCCUCCGCAGCCGCCGCACCAGCAGGCUCGCCCUGCUUCGACCGCCGCCCACCCUCCGGCACCCCAGCAGGCCCAGCCUCCGAUGCAGGCUCCUCAGUCGCAGGGCCCCGGUCUUUUCGGCCAGAUGGCCAGCACUGCUGCCGGCGUCGCCGUCGGUUCUUCCAUCGGCCAUGCCAUCGGUGGUCUCUUCAGUGGCGGCUCCUCCGCUCCCGCCGAAGCUCCCCAGCAGCAGACUGCCGUCGCCGACAGUUACAGCCAGCAGCAGAACCAGAGCUCUGGUGUGUGCGCCCAGGACAUCAACAACUUCAGGAAGUGCAUGGACGAGAACCAGGGUUCUCUGACCAUCUGCGGCUGGUACCUUGACCAGCUGAAGGCCUGCCAGCAGGCCGCCAGCCAGUACUAA